AUGCCCUUUGACAAAAUAUUCUUGCAUAUAGCUCUUUUAAUUUCCAUUCUUACUCUCUAUUAUUUAAACAAAAAACCUGUAAUCAACUUAUCCGAACUCACUGAAAAAGUUGUCUAUGUUGAUAAUGUAUAUGAGAAAAAAGACUUUGAGAAGUGCGAAGUCGAAACUUGGAACAACAAAACAACUUCGGAAAUUCCACGUAUCGAGAAGCUUAAAUCACUUGCAAAAUAUGGAAUUUCUAACAGUGUGAGUAGGUUAUAAUUUAAGUUUUGAGACCUAGUUGAAAAAUUCUCCCCUCGAUGAUCGAGGCUCGAUCUACAUUGUUUCAUCUCUCACUUCUUUUACUAUAUUGCAAAGAAAAAAACGGUUUUUUGUAGGAAGGCUUGGAAGACGGGCAACUUCGUCUAAUUUCUGCAUUUCUCUAUGAAGAUGAGAUAGUUGUGACAACUUCAAGGCAGCGGACAACACAGUUGGGGUUAGUCUUCAGCGUAUGUUUCUUUGGCCACAGAUAUUAGGAUCUGAAAAUGAAGAGAUUUGAAGAUUUAGUUUAGAAAAUGGAAACUUUCUUGAAUUAAUGUGUUUUUUUUUCAAAAAAAGCCAAAAUCAGUUCAAAUCAAAUACAUAACUUCUUAUUUAGAACACCAGUUUAUUGUCGAUAUUUUGAUUGUAAUCGUGUUGAAAUCCCCGGAUCCAUCUACAAAUCAUUUUUCUUUCCAAUGACUUCAGUGCAUUGUUUACGAAAAGCUGGUGCCAAUUAUAUUUCUUUGAGUUUGACCGAAAAUGACGAACCUCAAGAGCCUGUUCCAUUUAUCCAUCGACUUUAUAAGGAACCUCAAUAUGAAUUAGGAGUUUGUAGUGGGCAAUUAUAUGGAAUGGAUGCGAAGUGGAUGCAAAUCGCUGAAUUUGUUGAGCAUCAUAAAUUGAUUGGUGCAAGAAUGUUCUAUUUUUCUGUUUUUGAAAUCGAUGGAAUGACUCGAAUGAUAUUAGAUGAAUAUGAAAGAAGUGGAUUUGCUGAAGUAUCAAUGAUAAAUACAGAAUACACAAAUGCAGCUAUGAUGAGACAUAUGGUUCAGAUUCAUGAAUGUUUUUAUCGUGCCCGGAAACAAUCAAAAUGGUUACUUCAUGUUGAUCAUGAUGAAUUCCUUAUUCCAACAGAACAACCUAUUCUGAAAUAUAUCAAAAGUCUGAAUUCUUUUACUGCAGAAUUAGUACUAACUAUGCGGAAAAUUGCAAAGUUCGAGGAAUCUCUCGAAAAAUAUAAUAAUAUUGAAGAAGUAUCAAAUGAUAUUCAAUCAGCAAAAUAUAACUUCACAUAUGAAGCAGAUUAUGCAGCGCCAAAAAUAAUGGUCCGACCGGAUAAAGUGGAGGCAAUACUUUUACAUUGGUCCUUUGGAAUGGAACCUGGAUACAAAGUUAAAGUGGUUCCAAAGAAUAUCGCUACUUUAAAUCACUAUCGAACAAUAUCACCCAAAUUUUUAUGGUCCGAUUUUAUGGCGAAAAAAAUGAAGGAGAAUGAAAAGUUUAUGCAUGUAACGUUACCAGAGGGAUAUGUGGAAAAGUUGCGCGAAAAUGUGGCGAAAGUUGUGGGUUAUGUUUUUGAGAAACACAGUGUGACUUGUGAUAAUAUUCCGCCGUCUCUUCAGUUUGCCGCCAAACCGUAUUUGAAAAAAAUUCGAAUUUUUUGUUGA